AUGUACAAUCAGAGGGUGAUGAAUUGUCUGUCAAUAUCAAAUUUUUUGGGAAUAGGUAAAAUUAUGAGUAUUUCACUAGAUACAUUUUAGGCUCUUUUUAGGCAAUUUGUAAAAAUCUACUAUUAAUUAUAUAAAUAUUGUAAGUAGGAAUCUAUAUUUUUUUUAAUUACAAUCAAGACUUUUGAUAAGAAAAUUGUCAUAUUACUUGUGGGGAAUGCGAUGGUCCAACUUAUCAAGAUUGUGUAUCUUGUUCCAUAGAAUCAAAAAGAAUAUACUUUCAAGAAUAUAAAUAGUGUAUAUGUCCUUAAAAUACUAUUGAUUACAAUGAUUAAUGUUUAGGUUAUCCUGACUUUGGCUUUUAGUUAAUUACAGGCAAAGAAUAAUAUAAUGGGUGCAUGUAUGGACAAUUCGAGCUUAAUGGUUUAUGAUAUUAAUGGUAAUAUUUAAUAAUUAAAAUAUUAGUCCAGGAUAAAUAAAUUCAUAAAUUACAACCUGUUUUGAAUGCAUUUAAAAUCCAAGAGAUUGGUACAAUUAUCCAUUUUGUAAUACAGUUGAGUACCUAAAUCAGGAUGGAAGAACAACUUCUUUAGAAUAAGAAUAUUACUAAUUUACAUCUAAACCCUAUUUCACUUUUAAUGGUAUUAAUCUUGAACUCUGUUUGGAGUGUUAAGAAGCAAGCCUUACAAAUUUAGAGAAUAUAAAUUAAGACAUGGUCAAUAAAUAGGAACCAUUAAAAUCAUUUUGCGUUUCUUAAAUUUCAUCUUAAUCAUGUUCAAAAUGUAGAUUUGCCUCUUGCAAGACUUGCACUAUUUUAAUAACAGGAUAAGUUUGUCUUUAUUGUGAGAAAUUCUCGAGUUUAGAAGAUGGUUAGUGUACCAUGGUUGCUGCAGGCUAGAGAUAAGAAAAUAAUUGUAUAUCAGCAUAUUACUUAUCCUCAACAAAGGAAUGUAAAAUAUGCUCUAUUGAAGAUUGCAUAUAUUGUUUUGAAUAUGCAGUUGAUGAUUUGACAUUAACAACUCUUUAUCUUAACUUCAAUUAAUUCAAUGGAGAUGAUAAUAUUUAAGUGGGAUGUGCAAUGUGUAAAGUCUAAUGUUUAAUUACUGUAUAGUAGUCUUUAGAUGAUUUUAUGUUAAGAAGGUUACACAGCAUCAACAUCUGAAGUCAAUGGCUAAUGCAAAUUAAGCUUAAAGCCAUAAUAAUCGAUAAGUAUAGAAGAAAAUUUCAUAUGUAAAAGAUGCAUGGGUGUAAAGAAUUUAGAGUUUUAUGGGCUCGUUUUUGCCUAAUUCAUAUUUUUAUCCAAUAUUAUAAUAUUUUUAGAGAGAUGAAAUUGCAAUCUCAUGUCGGGAAGGGUAUUAAUUAGUUAAAUUCAAAUAUUGUGCUCAAUAUUGCGAUUCAAAUUGUUAUGAUUGCAAGGUUAAUCCAGCAGACUAAUUUCUUGUUAUAAAUGCCGAUUAGAUUAUUAUAAGUAGAAUCAAAGAGUAUAAAUUAAUGGAAUUUGUUAAUCAUGCUAACUUCUUUGUGCUUUCUGUUAAUCUAGAACUUCUGACGAAAUAAAUGUAAUUUAUUUAUGAUUACAAUUUAGUAAGAUUGCCCUUAUUUAUUUCAAAUUAAGAAAAAAAAAGAAUAUUUAUUUAAAUUUUUUCAUAGACAUCAUAAAUGGUAUUUGUUAUUUAUCAAUUACUUAGAAUUUACUUUUAAUAGUAGAUACUUGGUCUCCAACAAAACCAUUUUAUAUUUUUAAACCAAUUCAACCUAAAAUAUUGGACCAUCUAUUACAAAAACUAAAUUUUAAAUAUCAGCAAUUUGA